ACCCGAGAAAGAUUGAGAGAGAGAGAGAGAGAGAGAGAAUGGCACAGGCAACCAAAGAGCCUUGCAAGAAAGAAGCUUGCGACAUCCAAGCUUGUCUCACCAAGAACAACUUCCUCCCUCAAAAGUGCCUUAAAGUCAUUGAAUUGCUGCAGUCCUGUUGCGAGAAAUGUGAAUACAAAUCAACACAUUGUGCUUCUGUCUCUGGACUUUUGAAGCAGAAGCCCAAGUAAAAGUUCUUACCAGACAAGUUUAGACAAUAAUGGCUAAUAUAGCUCUUUGUUCUGCCAUGUUUUGGGCAAAUGCUGCAGAAUGAAAACACUGGAUGCAGUUAUUGAAAUUUUGGAGUUAGCAUUGCUCAUUGGAGAAGCUGAUUCCAAACUAAAUGCAGUGCUUGAUUGGAGAGGCGAAGAAAACAGUAGCAUAAUUCUCUCAUUUCAACAAACCUAGUGAAAUUAUGAGAUGGGGAUUAGUAUUACUAACUAUUGAAAUAUGCAUCAUUUUAGAA